CUUUAGUUUUCAGUGAACACCUUUUCGGGAACGUUGUUUUUAUUCUUUAUUAUUACAUACUCCGUUUCAUAGAGUGGUUGCAGUAGUCUUUAACAAUUAUUGAAUGCAGGCUAACUCAGUUUGAAAUAUAUUGAUUUCAACACGUUUUUAAAUAGGGACAAUUUUUCUGCGGUAGUUAUUUAAUGCAAGUUUAUGGAAUUGCAUUGUUUAUUUUGUAAUCUUUUAAAGAUGUCUUAACUUAAUAAUAAAAUUAAUAUCUGGCUGAAAAACUUGUAAACUGAAAACAGCAAUUUUUAACAAAUUACUUCAAUAAUAUUAUAUGUACAUGUAGUUGGGAGUUUAAGUUGUUCGUUUAAUAUUGUGGCCUUGAUGUCUUUACCACUUUUCAUAUUUAUUAGAAAUAUUUCGAUGUUUUGACAAUUUAAUGUCUCUUUCGACUUAACGUUAAGGAAAUAUUCUUCACUCAUUGAUAUUCAGAAACAUCGUACAGCGAACGCUGUUAAAAAACUAUGUUUCGAUGAAGUGGACGGUGACGACGAGACGCACGGUGACCGGAUGACAUUUCUGUGAGUGCUGUGCUGAGUGGUACCGCUGGUAGUUGAGGCUUGAUGGUAGAAGUUCAAAAGAAAAUGUGUGCAUAGUGUGUUUUGUAGUGUAACGUUUAGUUCUCGAAUGGAUACUAAAGUGGUGGGUUGUGUUUUUUUACUGUCUGUUAUUCAGUCGAGCCACGAAUGUUAUUUCAUUCCCUCUUUAUUGUAUUUAAAUAAAACAAAACAAAGUGUUGUGACAGUUAACAAUAUAACUCAGUCCCUUUAAUAAAUGAAUUAGUACCUAAGUAUAUUAUCUGAAGAUACGUUCUGUUUUUGUUUUGAACGUUCACAAGAAGAUUGUUGAUGAUUUUGAGUAGAAAAGCGUAAUAUAUAAAUAUUUAACAAAGUUGACGAAAAAAAAUUUGAAAGGCGGCACACAAAAAAAUUAAAUAAAUGUGUAAUGAGAUUAAAAAAUAGAAAAAAUAAAUACAACUUUAAAAUGCCACCUAACAGUGAACACAGCUUUAUAAAAAAAAUUAAAACUAUACAUUUUUGCAUUCGAACAAACGAAAACUCGAUAUAUCUUAUAGUUUUAUUUAUCUCCUGUGUCAAUAUUGUACAACCGUUAAAUGCCAUUCGGAUUAAAGAUUCAGCUUACACCGAUCUUAUAAUUGAUAUAAGGGAAGCAGUGCCAGCAAGUAUGUGCAGGGAAGUGCUCGAUAAUUUAGAGGUAACUUUGAAAGGUGCUUCUGAAUACCUGUUUAAAUCGCUGGAUGGAAGAGCUUACUUUGGUGGCGUGAUUGUUAAUUUGCCUGAAACCUGGCCCGAUUCUUGUGUCUUGAGCAAUAGUUCGACGACGUCUAAUCAAUUAACUGGGGUGUCACAAGGCGGACGUAGUUCUAUCACAAUCACCAAUACUAAUUUGCUCUAUGGAGAUAAAAUUUGGACUCAACAAUCUGGAGGCUGUGGUGUUGAGGGCGAUCAAAUCUAUAUACCUUAUCGUUCAUUGGAAGGAAAAAAUACGGGCAAGGAGCUAGUAAAAGAAUGGGCGAAAUACCGUUACGGAAUAUUUGACGAAAUUGGAUUUUACGAUGACAAGAUAUACCCACAGUGUUAUUUUACCGAUUCCCUUCGUGUUACUGGGUGCUCAGAUGGCUCUAUAAAAGAUGUCCGAUUAUGCAUGAAACCAAAUCCAUACGCCGACAUGGUGAAGACUCUUAACAAAACGUCUCGGACAAGCCUAAUGUAUGUUUCUCAAGGUGAAGGCGUGACAAUGUUUUGCGAUGAAGGAACUCACGAUCGUUAUGCGCCCACAAAACACAACCUCCUUUGUGAUCGCAGAAGUACUUUAGAAGUAAUACUUCGUCAUCAAGACUUUGCUCCCUGGAAAUCGGCUACAGUAAAUUCCAACGCCAUUACACACACAACACCAAUUAUUCAGUACAUGCGUCGGACGACAACGCGUUACGUUGUUGUUAUCGAUGAGACCCAAGAAAUACUGGUUCGAGAAUCGUGGAGUUUCCUUAGAAAUGCUCUACGCAAAUGGGUUGUCUAUGAUUUGGAUCCUAGUUGUGAAGUAGGAAUUGUUUUGGCCAGUACCACUGCGACUAAUAAGAUCCUGCGCAUUACAAAAUUGGAUGUGCAGAAAAAUCGAGAUUUAGUGGCUUCGUUUGUUCCUUACGCUCCCAGUGAUUCGAGGCAAACUGCAUGUAUAGGCUGUGCUUUACGAACAUCGUUGGAAAUUUUGGAAGACCGACGAAAAAAUCAAGGGAAUGCUAGCCAUGUUAUAGUGAUAUUAGCGCCUGGAAUGGAUUUCAACACGGAUUAUAACGAACUGGCUAAUGAUUGUAUAGCACGCUCCGCUCGCAUUGUAACUAUUAAUUUUCCAUCAUUAGCAAGACGACAGCCACUUGAUAAGUUAGGUCUUCUCACCGGAGGUAUGUCUUUCACAAUACAUGAAAAGAAAUACAACAGUGAAAAGAGCUAUCUAGACACCUAUUUCGAAUUAUCUGAUGCUUUGUUUCACAUUAGCCAAGAGUAUCACGAGGGACCUGCUUAUAAGACCACCAUCGAAGUCCACCGCAAAUCACUUGUUGAUAUUUCUAGUGAUUUUACUACUCAAUCGAAACGUGCCAGUCGGAUAGUUCAAGGAACCUUUUUUAUCGAUGGCAAAAUGGGAAACCCAUCAGGAUUCUUUAUCUACACUCACAACGUUGAAACACCAUUAAUACAAAACGUUAGGGUCACUAGCCCAUCAGGAGUAGUAUACAAUACACGAAGCGAUCAAAGAUUACCAGUUAGGCAGCUUACUCUUUUAGCAAACAUUAACGAGACUGGAGCUUGGGUUUAUAUGAUUGAGAGGUUCAGUGGGAACCCGCAACCCCACUUUGUUCAAGUAAUGGCCACUCCUGUUUCAGAAGAUGUUAACACAGUCCGCGCUCGAUCAUGGAUCAGAGCUCUCCAGGCAGGAGGUCCAUUUAUUGUUUAUUGUGAGGUUAAACGUGGUGACUAUCCAGUCUUGUCGGCUUUUGUUCAAGUCCAAAUCACAAGGCCUGAUAUAACAUGCAACUACACUAUUUGUAAGGAAAGCUUUAAACUCUUCGACACAGGAAGUGGUGAUCCUGAUAUUGUUAAAGAUGACGGAAUUUAUUCACGGUAUGUCAGAAUUAAUACCGGUCCAGGCAUGUACAAGUUUGAAAUAUUGGUCGAUGACAAUAGCAAUACUGCAUACUCGCUGCAAGACAAUGCAUUAAUUCAAAAUAUUCCGUGCUGUGGCAGCUCGAUUUCUACCAAGCAAACCCGGCAAACCGCACCGUUUCAACGGUAUCUUCCUCCCUACACAUUACAUUUGAUCCGUGAGGAUAUCAAUUCGUUGAUUUACAUACCAGUUGGACGAAUUGGAGACCUGAUUGUUACCUAUUUAGAUGAAGGAAAAGUCAGACUGACCUGGACAACGCCGGAUAUGGGUGGAGAGAGUGUAGCCCGUUACGAGAUAAAAUUUGCCUUCACAAUGGAGGAUAUAGUGGAUCGCUAUGAUACUGCAGCCAUCAUGUGGAACCACGAUACUCCAUAUCCAUAUGAUGUUGCUGAUAUUUGUAGCUUUAUUUUAGACAUUAAUCUGGAACCACGACUAUUCGGCGAAGCUGUCUUCUUCGCUAUCCGGCCGUAUGCCAAACUGGCAACAAAUGCAAUCGGUGGACCGAUUUCCAAUGUUGUCCGAACCUAUAUACCAAAAACAUUUGAACAAACUUCCUCAUCUCCAAUCCACCCAUCGACUUCUGAAUUUCAACCGGAAGAAAGUUUCUCGUUUAGAAAUGAUAAUGUUCAAAAUGAUACAACCAUAAGGAAUGAAAUAGAUAUGAAAGUUAUGUACUCAAUUUCGGUUAUGGCUGGAACUCUCUGCGUUUUGCUAUUGAUUGCAAUCUACUAUUUUGUAUGUCAUUUCCGUCGAGGCAAGGAGCGAAAAAUUAAAAUAGCUCGACAAAAUCCAAACAAAGAAGAAGGUAAUUCCAAUGAACCUAAUCGUAAUGACGAUUCUCACAGCGUGACAAACUCAAAUCAAACGUCUUCCUCAGCUAAAAACUCCCCUGCGGGUUCUCCACUGCAUCCAUCGGUAAAUGAGUUAUCUUCGAUUCAUGCAACUACUGCAACAACGAUUGUCCAUAACUAUGCCACACUCGACACUCCAGAUCAUCACAUAGUGGGUAUUCCCAUCUAUAAGAAUCAUGAUGUCUCAGAGAAAAAGCGACUUUCUACAUCGGGUUCUUUCAAUGGUAUAACUCAAAUCACUUCACAUGAUUAUCUUAUUGACGGUCGACCAUCAUCGGAGAUGAUAAACAACAUUAGACCAUUACCAGGUUAUUACACAGCAAACUGUAGCAUCGGUGGUUUGAGUAUAAUUUCAGCUAACAGCGAAAAUGCAACGCUUCCACGGCCAGGUGGUGGUGGUGAAUCCCGUCCGAUCCUCAGCCCCUAUGAGUCCUGGACAGCUUCGCAACUGCUUCACGAGCAUGAACGACGAACUUCUCCCCUCGACGAAAUGAUGAAUCAAGUGAAUCUUAAGCACAACAAUAUAAAUUCAGCCAAUCAAAUAUCUAAUAGAAUAGAUUCAUUGUCUUUGAAUGGUAAUGGUAAUGGUGGUCCACCACCUGUCCCUCCGUUGCCUUAUGCACCAGACAUUUAUCAACAUUAUAAACAUCCUUACAUGUAUGGAACAAUUCCAAGACAGCAACAGCACCAUAACUCCAUGGCCAAUACCACUUAUUGUACCGUCAUUCAUCCCUCCAAUGAACAAAAACAACAGUCUUCAAUGUCAUUCAAUAACCAACAACCUCUGUUACCCAACAAUGCCAUUGGGGCAGGUAUUAGCAACGGCAAAACAAAUCCAGCAGUUGAUAAGAAACGACGAAACGUAACCAUGGUUUGAGCAGCAGUAUUUUGAGCACUUUAAUUACUAUUUGCCAUCCAUACACAAAAGUAUAGUGUUUCUGAAAAUACACAAAGCAUACUUGACAAAAACCUUAACAAACCCAAACCAAAUUUCUGUUGCAAACUCUUAGGAAAGAGGAAGCAUUUGUGAUAUUUGCUUUAACUAUAAUACACAUAAUUAAGUUAAUACUGUACAAUAAUUGUAAGAAGCUCAAGACCUAUUUAAUACCGACAGUAGAACAUUUAUAUAUGUAUUUAAAAAUCACCAAAUAGACCUGAAUUUCAUAUUAAUUCACGAAGGAGCAAAAAAAGGCUAUGGACGAAUUAAAACUACAUACAAAAUCCGACAGAGCAAAUCAAUUUAGUUACAUUUUUAUUAAUUUAAGUCAAUACAUUCAGGCAUUAUAGACGCUACACCCAUAAGCACCCGCUGACUAAAAUAUGACCGACACCGAGCUAUAUGACUGAACACUUUUUCAUGUGUGCGAAAUUGGUAGUGUUGAAACUCUUCGCGGCACAUUUUAGGCGAAAUAUUAUAUGGGGUCGGCCAUCUAACGUUUUUUUUUUUCAACUAGUGCUUAUUUCGUGAUUAGUCUGAUUUGAUAGAUAAUUAGUUGUAUCCUUCCGCUGAACGAAUAC